AUGACACAGAGAUACCAAGACGGUAUGGCCAUUGUGCUUAAAGAUGGUAAACCGGAUAUUUUUCUCACAAUGACAUGUAACCUUUCUUGGUCUGAGAUCACUUCUGAACUUGGCCCUAAUCAAACCCCACAAGAUCGUCCUGACUUGCUAACAAGAAUAUUCCGCUCUAAAUUUGAGCAAUUGAAGGAUGAUGUCAUAACUAAAGGUGUCUUAGGAAAGGUUAAAAGUUAUAUGUAUGUAACUAAAUUUCAGAAACGAGGUCUCCCACAUGUGCAUAUGUUGUUAAUCUUUGAUAACGAUGACAAGUUACGAGAACCAGAAGAUUAUUAUAAGGUGGUAAGAGCAGAAAUACCAAAGGUUGAAUCUGAGCCCCAAUUGUAUGAGGCAGUCCUAAAACACUUGAUUCAUGGGCCAUGCGGCAGGCUGAAUCAAAAGUCACCAUGCAUGAGUAAAGAAGGGCAAUGUAAAAAGCGAUAUCCAAAAGAAUUUGUAGAAGAGACCCGUCAAGGAAAUGACUCAUAUCCUCAAUACAGAAGACAAUUUAAUGAACCAGUUUCUCUUUAUAGAAAUAUUCAUGUAGAUAACAGAUGGGUGGUUCCUUAUAAUCCAUGGUUGCUGUUAAAAUAUGACUAUCACAUAAAUGUUGAGGUAUGCAGCAACAUCAAAAGCAUUAAAUAUCUCUACAAAUAUGUUUACAAGGGACCUGGUCGUGUCGCGAUGGAAGUUCAUAGAGGAACAAAUAUGGAUGAUAUUCAGCAGUUUGUAGAUGCAAGAUGGAUUUGUGCUCCAGAGGCAUUAUGGAGAAUAUUUAAAUUCACUUUAUACAAGUUAUAUCCCUCCGUUGAAAGACUGCAAAUUCACUUACCAAAUCAUCAACAAGUGCGAUAUUAUAACCAUCAACAAGUUGCUGCUGUGCUGAAUGAUGACCGAAAUUCAAAAACAAUGCUCACAGAAUUCCUUGCACUAAACCAAAUGGAUCCAUAUGCUAGAAAUUUAUUGUAUAGACAGAUUCCAGAGCAUUAUUGCUGGAAAAAAGGGGUUAAGAAAUGGCAGAGAAGAAAAAAUAACCGAAAAGUUAUUGGUCGAAUAUAUACAGUGUCCCCUUCAGAAGGAGUGAAAUUCUACUUACGUGUCCUAUUAUCUCAUUUGCGAGGUCCAACAAGUUGGGAAUACCUUCUCACAUGUAAUGGAACUUUCUGUCACACAUUCAAAAUGUCAGCAGAGUGUCAUGGAUUUUUGGAGAGCGACAAUAGUAUUCGAGAAUGCAUGGUUGACGCGUCAAAUCAACGUAUGCCAUAUGCUUUAAGAAGGUUGUUUGCCACUAUAUUAGUUUUUUGUUAG